AGGUGUUGAAUGGUAUCAGACAAGUUCAAGUUUUCGAGCCGCAAACUUCAAAACAAAGCAAACAUCAACAUGUUCAAAUCCGCUGUUGUCAUCCUUGCUAUUGUCGCCUGUGCUGCUGCCAAGCCAGGACUCCUGGGAGCACCUCUGGCCUACACUGCGCCUCUGGCCUACUCCGCUCCUCUGGCUUACACCGCUCCUGCCGCCGUGGUUGCUGCUCCUGCCCCGGUUGAUACCGCCACCAGUAGCCAGGUGAUCGCCAGGAACUACAAUGGAAUCGCAGCUGCUCCAGUUGUUGCCCCAGUGGCAGCUCCAGUAAUCGCUAAAUACGCCACUGCUCCGAUUGCUGCUCCUCUGGCGACUCCCCUGGCUGCUCCUGUCAUUGCCAAGUACGCUGUUUCUCCCUUGGCAGCUCCUUUGACUUAUUCCGCUCCGCUUCUCUUUUAAAUGUGGCCUGUGAUAAUAAAUACCAAAUGCACCGAAUAGAUUAUGAAGUA